GUCUGAUAGAGCGCAUGUUGAACCUUUGCACUCCUGCUUUGGAUUUACCUUUGUUAGCUUGAACAUUGCUGUGACUAUCAACGGAAAUCUGGAAGUUGGUUCCAGUUGGUUCAUUUACUUCGGAAUUAUCAAAGGAAUAAAACGAAGGAUUACUGCAGCUGAGUACUGUGUGUGUUUGGAUUACACCCCCUCAACUAUCGAUGGACGCACGGGUAUUUGAUUCGGAUAAUGCUUAUGUGCUGUGAAUUGUAUCUUACAAACGUAAACUAAGCUUUUGUGGUAUAUAGAAUAGUGAAAUGUGAUCAACUAUCAUGCACCUGCAUCGAUUUUAGCAAGGAUGCAUCUGAAUGCACCUGGCAGGAAGUGGAAUUACAUUAAGUGAACCGGAAAAUAACUCGUGUGCUGUUGCUCCCACCCCCCACACUUCGUGUAUUCACUUUACGUGUGUCAAUGCUUCGGUUAGUUCGAGAAAAAACAGUGGGAGCGGUGCAUAAGUAAUGAAUAUCCUGCUAAUGAUUUCACUAAUUGAGAGUUGAAUACAAGGAGCGUGUUUACGGAAUAGCAAUCGGAUUAAACAAGUGUGAAAGUGAAUGAAAGGUGGUGUUAAUAGAUUACCUAAUCAGGAUAUAAAUUGUGUGCUUUUUGCAUAUCAAGCAGAACUCAGCAACGCCCCUCCAGCGUGCUUCCUCGCCAUCACGUUCCAUGAGCUCCACGAGCGGCAGUUUCUACGGUGUUUGGGAAGCUGGAUUGGAGAUGCGGUUAGAGCAAUACCACACCGAACGACAUCCGUGAUAUCGUAAAAACUGAUGCCUGCUAGUUCCAAAGUGUGCGCUUAUAAAUGUAUUCCACCGUCUUGACGUAUGGCUAUGUACUACUAUGCGAGCAAAUUAUCAGCAGUAGCAUGUGGGACUCGCUGCCGACAGGGCCUAACAAGGAGACAGCGCAAUCGUAACGGUCGGAACCAGGGCAAGAAGGAGGACGAUGAAGAUUCUGACGAUAAUAUUAAGAAUAAAAAGACCUUAUCCUCAGUGCUAUUCGACGGUGCAGACGACUCAAUCGUAAUAUCGGUAAAAGCAUCGGAGCAACCAGAGAUGUGCUGCGAGAGUACUCCUACAUUUACGCACACGGCGCUCGGAACGGGCGGUGUUAUGUACAGAAAUGGCAAUAUCGUGUCCGGUCCGCUCGAAUCUCUCAUCGAGCUGCUGAUGCCCGGAAAUGGCGAUGAGUUGGAUCAGGAAUAUGUGUUCUCCUUUCUGCUAUCGUGCAGAUUUUUCAUCCGGACACAUGAGUUGCUAGGUAAGUUUUUAGCAUUGGUUCCCGACCCGGAACCACUGGACCGACUCGUACCGCUGUUGGCUGUUUGGACCAAGAUGUUUCCGUAUGACUUUCGCGACGAACGGAUGAUGAAUCACGUUAAACAUAUCGUAGCUAGAUGCGCAGAUACCAAAUUAGCUGACGUCGUAUCUGAACUACUGUGUGCCUUGUUAGCUCGUCUAACUGAACUCGAAAAACACGAAGAAGAACUCAAAAGCUAUCAAUCAACUGUUGACAAUAAGACUGAACCAAUAAAAUGGCCGAAUGCUUCACAGCUUGCACAACUUCUGUGCAGAAUCGAGCGAAACCUAGCGAAGCAUGUAGGCCCGGAGGAAUUUGUCCAAUGCAGCACCAAUCUGUUGAAGGAUCCCGCCAGGGAGGAUUUCACUCCCAAACCACUUGGCGUCAGUGCUCCAGCCGCCACGCUUGACGGCAAAAAGACGUGUAAUCUCGAGAGUUACCUAGAGUGGUCCGCUAGGUUGCGGCUGCUAGUAGCUAAUGAAAUUUUAAAGUGCCAAAAUAUUCACGACCGCAACAACACGGUUGAGUUAUGGAGCGGUGCGGCACAGUACUGCCUCCUGGUGGGGAACUACAACAGUGCCACCACCAUCCUGGAAUCGCUGGAUGUGCCGCCUAUUGCGAGAUUACAAAUCACGUGGAGUAAGCUUUCGACAACAACAAGCCAACAACUGGACUGUAUGCAACGCCACGCGGAAGGUUGCGGAAAUUUAUGGAGCAAACAAACGGAAAGCGUCACGGCAGCGGACAAAAAGCGAAAACCAACGCCAACGUCCGCGGCGGCGCCCAUCGCGAAGUCAAAGUCCAGCGAGUGGGUGGUGGUUCCAGUUUUUGUGGACAUUGUGAAACUAGCGCUGAAAUCCAGAGAGGACUGCUGCGUCAGACUCCCAAACGAUCACAUCAAUAUCGCAGCAUUCGACCGGUUGGCCGCAAUCGUCGGUGCGUUCACGAAACACAUGUGCCAAGUCAAUCAGACACUGCCGGACAUUGGAGAAUUCGCGCAGCUCUGUCGUCAUAUGCAAUCCUGCAAGUUACUGAGCGAAACAGAUCUGAUGCUGGCGUCGUUCGAAUGCGAGGAACCAACCAUUGCCGAGAAGGAAUUGUACGAAAUUACAUAGUACCAUCGCUGGCGGCAGGAUUGUGAUCGGGCCCAUAAUGGACAAUUAUUUGCAUACACAGACGGAGCCUAGCACUUCCGAAGCUAAUAAUGCUGCUAAUGCCAUCCUAGGAAUUCGUCUUCUGCAUGUGGCAGCAGUUGUUCACUGGACUCUCGUGCUCUCUCGUGCGCACCAACAAAUGGCAAAAUGCCAGGGAUAGCUUCUGUCAGCGUGACCUUGUUGAUUUGAUUGGUGGGACAAUUUUAAUAUGCCAACGGUUUAAAUAUCGGAGCGAUGCGUUCUUCCUACACACGAGCAUACCGAACAGAAUCGAAAGUGUAACGAUGUUAGGAAUUUUACAAUGUAAUCAAAUCAAUAAGAUAAAUGUGAUUAGCUUGUAAAAAAUAAAACGACGUGAAUUGAAGAAAAACAACGUUUCCUGUUGAGCAUUCAGAUUUUUUUAGAACAGUAGAAAAAUAACUCACAACUGAGCACUUUCUUUUUUCACAAUAUAUGGCAAAACAAACAAAAGACCGGUGAAUAAAAACUGUACUCCUAGAAAAAAAAAAUUGGCCAGAAUUUUAAAAAAACACAAAACAAAAUGUACUAAGCAAACGAAUGAGAAAAUAGUAGUUGUAAUGAUUUAAAAAAUGGGUUACUUUAUUGAAAUAAUAUCACAAAUAGUCCUGGCGAAUGCGCUUCCGGAGUCAUCUUAUUCGUAAGUUUGUGCCAUGUUCAUUUUCAGCAAACUUCAAAAGCAACUAACGCAAAAAAAAGCUUUUACUAUUUUUACUAUAACUUCAGGUAA